AUGGGGCAAAUCGCUCAGCAACUAGCUUCAAGUUCUCAAGCACAUGGUGCUCUACCUUGUGCAACCGUGACAAAUCCUAGAGAGCAUAAUAAUGUGAGUGAUAUGACAAUUCGAAGGGGUAAAUGUGAGGAAGUUGUUGAGGAAGUUGAUGAAGAGAGAGACCAAUUGAUUGAAGUGGACCUUGAGAUCAAAGAAAAUGAAGUGGUUAGAAAAGAAGUAGCAGCACCGAAACCAGUGGUGAAAGAAACAGGCAUUGAGCCCAAACCGGUUAUUAAGCUCCCAUUCCCCACUCGGAACAAGAAAAAAGGGCAACAUGAGAUAUUUUUUGAAAAGUUCUUAGAGUUGUUCAAGAAGCUGGAGAUUAAUAUUCUGUUGUUGGAGGAACUUGAACAUAUGCCUACAUAUGCAAAGUUCAUGAAGGAUAUCAUUUCUAAGAAGCGUACCGCCGACACUAACCCAAUUAUCCUCAUAGAAACUUGUAGUGCUAUUUUGCAGGGUAUGAAGAUUCCGAUAAAAAAGAAGGAUCGCGGAGCUGUCACUAUCCCAUUCACUAUUAGAGAUAGGUCAUUCAACAAAGCUAUGAUUGAUCUGGGAGCUAGUCUGAGUCUCAUGUCGUUAUCUAUCUACAAAAAGCUUGGUAUAGGGGUUGUGCAAGAUACCAGAAUGACACUCCAAUUUGCCGAUCAUUCGGUCAAGAAACUAUAUGGCAUUGUUGAAGACGUUCUGGUAAAAAUUGAUAAGUUUGUUUUUCCGGUGGAUUUUGUAAUUCUUGAAAUGCCAGAAGAUGAAGAGAUCCCUCUCAUUCUGGGGAGACCCUUUUUGGAGACGGAACGGUUCUUGAUAAACAUAGAAGAAGGAACAAUGACACUGAAAGUUUAUGAUGAAGAAUUAAAAAUUGAUGUUUGA